AUGGCAAGCGUGAACACGACUUCGGGCCCCCAGCUCAAGUCCAAUCAGAUCCAGCAGACCGUUAGCAGAGCAGUCGAUCUCGUUCAAUGCCCUCAUCAGUCCACAGCAUCGGACCCGCCUGCCGCAGCUACACUUGAAGUACCUCCAAUCUACGAUUCGAGUAAUUUGAUCAGAGUGCCGGCUCAAUAUUUACGAGUACCAACGGCUUUGCCCGAGCCGGCCGCUCUAUUCUCAGAAGCAAUCUUCUCUCUCCCGCUCAGACCCGACGAUCCCAACAAUCGUGUUACAGAUCUUAAUACCAAAGAAGGUAAUAUCGGGUUGUACAGAUCCAGCUUGAUACUCUCGCCGGAUCAUAACAUCGGCAUCACCGUCCUAGUAGCUAGUACUGAAUCCGGUCCGGAAAGAACGAUGCUUAAGAACUCACUCAUUGAUACCUUCCUGCCGGCAGUAGAACAUGAAGCCCAACAGCAAGCCUCUAAUCGCUUCUCCAGGGUCUAUAUUUCUCCUGGUAAUUCUAGCAAAACUUCUUUUGCCAUUGCAACGGACGACCGCCCUGGCCUCGGCCUCUUCAAUGCAACCACCAUAAACGGUACCCCGCUCCAGCUUAUAGCAGAGUCUCAAGGCCUCGGAGGCGCGAACAAGACACUCAGUGUGCGGCUAUACCCGACUGGGCUCAAGACCACCGCGACGACUGUAGACAAAAAAGGUAUAUAUACGUCGCGAAUGAGCUUCCGUGCCACGUUCGAGGCGCUGCCACAGUCAUCUGGCAUGGGAUGGUGCCAAACCUGGGAAUCAAUAGACGGUAAUACGUACGGGGGCGUAGGGACUGAGGAGUUCGUUUUCGGAUUCUCAGAGAGAGGCAGUGUCGCGUAUGUGGAGUGGAGGGCGCUGAGAGAAAGACUUAUUAAAAGCGGCUGA